AUGCCUGACAUUCUUUUUUUUUCCUUCCUUCUCUCUUUUUUCUCCUUUAUUUUAUUCUUUAUUCUACUUCCUUUUCUUCGUUUUUCUACGUCCUUUUCUUCUUUUGUCUUAUUUCUUGUCUUCGUUUUCUCCUUCAUAUUUUCUUCUUUAUUCUACUUCCUUUUCUUCGUUUUUCUGCGUCCUUUUCUUUUUUUAUCUCAUUCCUUGUCUUCGUUUCCUCCUUCAUAUUUUCUUCUUUAUUCUACUUCCUUUUUUUCGUUUUUCUACGGCCUUUUCUUCUUUUGUCUCAUUCCUUGUCUUCGUUUUCUCCUUCAUAUUUUCAUCUUUUUCUUCUUCCUUUUUUCUUUUUCCUCUUCUUUUUCUUCUUUUGUCUCAUUACUUCCCUUCGUUUUCUCCUUCCAUUUCUUUACUUUAUUCUUUCUUCUACUACUUAUCUUUUUUAUCUUCUUCCUUUUCUUCUUUUGUCUCAUUUCUUUUCUUCCUUUAUCUCCGUUUUUUUUUCUUCUUUUACUUCUUCCUUGUUCUUAUUUCUCUUUCAUUUUUUCUUUUGUCUCAUUCCUUUUCGUCUUUUUCUUUUUCCGUUUACUUUUGUAUCAUUCCUUUUCUCUUUUUUCUACUUCAUUUUCUUCUUUCAUGUCUUUCCUUUUCUUCAUUUGUUUCAUACUUUUUUCGUUUUUCCACUUCCUAUCUUCUUUCUUUUCUCCUUUUUCUCCUUCAUUUUCUUUUUUUUUUCUACUUCCUUUUCUUCCUUUAACUCAUAUUUUUUCGUUGUUUGCUCCUUUUUUCUACUUCCGUAUCUACUUUUGCUCUUUCCUUUUCUUCUUUCGUCUCAUUCCUUUUCUUCUUCCCUUUCUUCGUUUUCUCCUUCAUUUUCUUCUCUUUUAUCAUUCCUUUACUUUCUCUUCCUUAUUUAAGCACUUCUUUCUUGCCUUUGUAUUUUUUAUCUAUUUCAGCUCAUCUAUCUGUUCUUUCUUUCUUUCUUUCUUUCUUUCUUUCGUUCUUUCUUUCUUCUUCUUUUCUUUUCUUCCUUAA